AUGUCUUCAAAUCGAAGAAACACAACGACCAUGCGGAUACCGCCCUUCUUCCGCCGACUGUUCAAAUUCACUUCCAUGGACUUCGAGACGGCUGUAUGGGAAAUGACGCACCUCAUCAUCGCGCCCAAGAAGGUGUUUCGAAACAUUUACUAUCACAAACAAACCAAAAAUUCAUAUCAUAGAGCGGAUCCGGCAUUCACCUACUUACUGAGUCUGUUCCUCUUUCUCACUGGAUUGGCAUGGGGUCUGGCAUAUGCAGAUGGAUUCGGCCGGACGUUGCGUGUAGCACUCGCGUUUGUGCUGGUGCAUUUUCUGGGCACAAGUCUGUCAGUCAGUAUCGCGAUGUAUUUUCUGGUCGGCCGUGUAUUGGGAAAGCGUAGGCAAGGGUUAUUCGGGCCGCCCAGUGGAGGUGGUCUCAAUGCUGGGGAUGAUGCAUUAGAGUUUGGAUAUUGCUUCGAUGUUGCAAUACGAUCAUACUUGCCCAUUUGGACGUUCCUUUACGUUCUACAGUUCCUGCUCAUGCCGCUCAUAGCGCAAGACUACUGGGUGUCAAACCUCUUCGGCAACACCAUGUACCUGAUGGCGCUGAGUUAUUAUUUUGUCAUUACCUUCCUGGGCUACAAUGCACUGCCCUUCCUCAGUCGUACUGAGGUACUUCUGGCACCCAUACCUGUGCUCGUGGUGCUCUGGCUGAUCAGCUUAUUCACCUUUGACUGCGCCACAAACUUGGCGCCCGUUCUGUGGUGUGGCGUAAAUUUAAGAAAGCCUGUGUAGAAGCAGUGCUCCUGCGAAGCAUACAACAUAGCCGCCAAGUACGCAAACAGGCAGCCAGUGAAUCGCACAUCAGCCUGCAGUGUAUUUUUCGGGGCAUGUCUGGUCUUCACUGACACACCGGUAGCGUGGCACAGCAUGAGACGUGGGUUAGCAGCACAUGUGAAUGUCCGGAGAGCAAUCUAGAUUUAGUUCAGCCAACUUGGCACAGCGAAUACCCAAUAUCAGUCACGAAACAACCCUCGUCCGGCGGCAAGGUUUCCAGAACCUUCCGCAACCAUGGCGGCGACUGCAAGAGAUUCUGUCGGCAUAUCCGAACUUCACGAGGGCGACAUCAAGUAUUCGCCUUUGCAGGACUUGCUGCUGGCCCAGAAAUUCGACUACGCCUCACUGGACAGUCGCCGGAAUCAUCCGAAAAGAGGUCUGACCAGCGAGUGAGUGUGCUCCAAAUCCAAUUUUCAAGCCUGUCGAGCUUCACCGAGGGCAGGGUCAGAACAGACUCGCUCGAAGAGAUUUAUCUACCACUUGACUGGGUGCAGUCAGCAACUGAGGCGAUCGAACGUGUUUUCGAUUGUAAAUAGAUCCGACCGCGUAAUAAUUGCAUCGAGCUCGAUGUUCAAGGCAGUUGUGCAGCCCGCCUGCGCACGAUAUCUGAAGAACAUGUCAGCCGUCAAUGUAUUCGUAGCCAUGUGCGGCAGAGCGAACGCAGAGGAUAUUCGGGAGGGAGACGGGUCAACAUUAAGGCAUGGAAUUCGACUCCGCCCAAUCUGAAUGACUCCGUAUUACAGUGUACGGAUGAGAUAGGGAAAAUUGGACCGAAGCACGUCAAUCGGGUUGAUAAGCAUUGGUCAUGGGAGUGAACUUUAAUCAGAGGCCUACAAGUGAGGCUACAACGACUCUCGCAGCAUGGAUUCAAG